UACAGUGUUUCGCUCUGAUGGCGGUUGUUUAUAUUCAAGUAUGUACUUUUGUAGGAGGUAUUAAAAUAGAUCGAUUUGCUUUUUACCUGUAAUGGGAUACAGCGGAUAAAAAUAGUUUAGUAAUUUGAGACCAGUAUCUGGAUAUGCUGAAUUAAAAACUAAACAUGCCUGUUUCAAUUAAAAGAAAAUUUGUUUCAUUCGGGUAUAUAUGUGUUCAUAUGAUCUACAUAUCUAUUUCUCUUUUUGUGUAUGGAACAUAUUUUGCAGAACGUUUCGCUUUAUUCACUGUAAUUCGGGACAGACUUGGCGGAAAUGGAACACAACAAACCAAGGAGGAAGUAUCAGGAUAUUUAUAUGAAUUCAAAGUAUCGACAUGUCUUACCUACAGUACAAACAGCGGCUGUUCAGUCGUGAACCAAGAGAAUCCCUCUGCAAUGGAAUUUGUUGUGUUGGUACUGGUUGGGGUUUUCAGCAGCUAUGUUAUGUGUAUAAUUGGAAUGACGUACUACUUGUUCCGGCCACUGAAAACACGAACACGAGCAUAUCAUGUUUUUCUUGCAUACUUAAUUUUUACGUACAUCAGUUUCUUCGUUGCUCAUGUUUUGUAUGUAGAACUGGUUGGAAAAGAUGUUGGCUUUAACUGGAAGCACCUGUCGCCAAUUUUCUAUGUAGGAUUUGUCAAUGCAGUUCUUACAGCAUUCUUAUCAAUAGUCUUUAUUUUUCUGGUACAUAAACGAGGAAGAUACUAUGUGGAGAAAAAUGGUUUAGCCUUCGUAAAAUAUGAAAAUUCGAAAUCGGAAGGCACCGGUGAUCGUAGUGCGGGAUAUCGUUGUACGGAUGGUCAAAGUAUACCUAUGUCUGACAUGUCUUUGUCAAACAUAUAUCGCCGUAUUGAGGACGAGUCUUAUAUAAAUGACAUAGGGCGCAUGGUUAAAACACUUUGGAAUCCAGAGAAUGUCGGAUUUGGACGUGAUGCAAAAGGGCUUCACCAUUCAUCAAUUAAUAUCACCAAAGUAGCAUCAAUUGGCAAUGAAUCGGUGUUUCAGGACUAUUUGAAUAAAAGGAAGCAAAUUGAAAAUGAUGUUUUCAAUUUAGGCACUAAGCUUAUAUCUCCAGGAAAGUUUCCUAGAAUGCGCCGCCCGAUUCAAACAUACAAGUUUGUGAAAAAUCAAUCUUGUCUGGGAAAACUUCUUAACAGAAAUAUCAACGAAUAUUACAUGUUUCAUGGAACCCCUGUCGACAACCUUGAACAAAUUGAAAGAACUGGAAUUGAAUUGAAUAAGUUUAGAUUCUCAAAGUUAGGACGAGGAAUUUACUUCUCCGAGGAUCCUGUCAAAGCAGACCAAUAUACAGGUAAAGGACGUGACAGAAAAGACGAACUGUGUUGCAUAUUAGUAUGUAGGGUGUUGCUAGGAAACAGUGUGAUAAUAAGACGUAACGUUCACAAUCAUACAGUUACUUCACAGGCGACAUCAGCACCAUGUAAAACAUGUUUAAAACCGGAACCCGACUGCCAAUGCAGCGAGUCGACAAAAUUUGAUUCUGUGAUAUUCGAGGGAGUGCUUUUCAGAGAUUUCGUUGUUUAUGAAACUUGCUCAUGCUUUCCUGAAUUUGCCAUAAUGUACACAAGAGUACAUUAACACUAAUACAUACGGUGUCCAAUAAUAUCUUGCUAUUAUACAAUUAGAUUUACUGAUCUAAUUUACAUUCAUAUCAUUUGGACAGCUGUAACAUAUUUCAACGUAAUAGUACUUUCACGCUUGCAUAGAAAAAUAUUUAUUAUGCCAUACUAUAUUUUGUUCUAAAUUUUGAAUUAAAGGUAACGCGACCGUCAUUCACUUAAUGAAAUUACAAAACAGAAUGUGACCGUUAUGUGUUGAGAAUUCUGUUUACUUCAUCUAAAAUGCGUUGUACCUGGUAACGCAGAUUUCGUGGUUAUUGAGAGAGUACCAUCAAACAAAAGGCUCAUACUGAGGGAAUUACAUUGCAUGAAACUCUACCCACAAUGCUUAUAAUCAGUGCAAUGUUAGAAUAUACUGUUCUAAAAUUGACCUAUGCAUUACUUUGCACUCUAACGAAUGUAAAUUUACUUCAUUUCAACUCUUGUUCAUUUUGAGAAAAUAGCUUAUACAUGUACUUCUAAUCUGGCUUUGGUUCAAAACCCUACGGGGAAUAACUGUGACAGCCAGGAAAAGCAAAGCAAAGUAAAGCAAAGCAUUUGUAAACUGUUACUUAUGCAUACAUUUAUUA